UGUCUGUUCCACUUGCUAGUUACUUUGCAGUAGUAUAUAUAGUAGAGCAGUGUGGAGCCAAAGCUCAAGUAAAGCAAAACCCUUUGGCUCCAUUAUUUCAAGGAAAAUUUGGGUUUCCAAUAAUUUUCCAUACCCCUCUCUCUCUCUGCAAUUUUGGAGUCAAGAAUUUUCGCUCUCUACAAUCAAGAAACCAUUCAUGGGCUCGUUAACUGUUGAUUCCAAGAACACUACUGAACACCAGGGAGUGGAUGUUCAAGAGAAUGUUCUGCAGAAACAUGUUGCUUUCUUCGAUCGGGACAAAGAUGGAAUCAUUUAUCCAUGGGAGACUUUUCAAGGUUUUCGUGCAAUUGGAUGUGGAUAUUUCUUGUCCUCUUUCGCUGCCAUUUUCAUCAAUGCUGGACUCAGUGGCAAAACUCGUCCUGGAAAAUUCCCUUCUCUGCUCUUCCCAAUUGAGAUUAAGAACAUCCAGAGAGCCAAGCAUGGGAGUGACUCUGGUGUCUACGACUCUGAAGGAAGGUUCGUCCCUUCAAAGUUUAAUGAGAUCUUCAACAAGCAUGCACAUACAAAUGAAAACACUCUAACAUCAGAUGAAUUAAUGGGACUGCUGAAGGCGAAUAGGGACCCCAAGGACUACGGAGGAUGGCUUGCAAGCUACACAGAGUGGAAGAUCUUGUAUGUCCUUUGCAAGGACAAGUAUGGUUUACUUCACAGAGAGACAAUCAGAGCUGUUUAUGAUGGAAGCCUGUUUGAACAGAUGGCUAAGGAGAAAGCUUCAGCUGGGAAACAAAAUGUUGCUUCUGUGUAAAAAAGGGCAGUUCAUAAGAUUGGCCCAGGUGGUUGGGUCCAGCAGGAUGGAUGGUUUUGGUUUAGACCCAAGCUUGCAUGUGGGUGUAAUAAUGUUUAGCUAUUGUAGAAGUGUUUGUUGAUUGUUUCAAAUGAUAUAUUUAUUUGAUUACAUGAUAUUUUCUUAUGCA